AUGGCUUGCAGUCGAGGCAUAUUCCUAUCUGCCACCUUCGCCGUCCUGUCAAUCCUAUCACUCCCAAGGGCGACGCACGGCUGGGCGAACGGUGGCGCAACGUGGUACGGCGGCCCUAACGGCGACGGCAGCGAAGGUGGCGCGUGUGGUUAUAAAAGCGAUGUCGGCCAGGACCCGUUCUCGUCGUUGAUCGCCGCCGGCGGAGUGGGCAUCUUCAAGAACGGCAAAGGCUGCGGUUCAUGCUAUCAGGUCAGGUGCAAAGAGAACCCGGAAUGCUCCGGCAAACACGUGACCGUCGUCAUCACCGACCAGUGCCCCGACGCGCAGUGCCAGAAGAGGCCGCACUUCGACAUGAGCGGCACCGCCUUCGGCGCCAUGGCCAAGCCCGGGAUGGCCGAUAAACUGCGUAACGCCGGAGUCCUCAAUAUCGAAUUCGAGAGGGUGCCGUGCAAGUACCAUGGCAAGAAGAUUAGCUUCAAGAUGGACUCGGGCGCCAACCCAUUCUACCUCGCCAUGCUGGUCGAAUACGAGGCCGGCGACGGAGACCUCAACUCCGUGGAAGUCAUGGAGGCCGGCGGCAAAAAAGGCUACGCCAAGUGGGAAAAGAUGCGGCAGUCGUGGGGCGCCCUGUGGUGCAUGGACUCCAAGACCGGGAAGCCUCUGGAAGCCCCAUUCUCCUUCCGGCUCACCUCGAGUUCCGGCAAGGUGCUCGUCGCCAACAAUGUCGUCCCCGCCGGGUGGAAUGCUGGGAAGUGCUACGAGUCCAAGGUGAACUACCCCGCCUGA